AUGGGAGACGGAUGGUCGGAAGUAAACCGGAGAUGCAAGAAGUCGGACGAAGAUGCUCCAACUACAACCAUGUUCGUGACCAACCUUCCCGAGGGAUUAAGGCCGGAGGAACUGAGAAGACCUUUUGAGAAGUUUGGGAAGAUCAAUGACAUCUACCUGGCUAAGAAAAAAGACUUAAAGAGAAGAUGUUUUGCUUUUGUCAGGUACUCAGGAGUAAGGGACGUUUUGAAACUGGAAGCCAACAUUCAAGGAAUUACAUGCAAGGGGUAUAGACUGGAAGUGAACAUCGCCAAAGAUGGUAGAUCUUAUGCGGAGGUGGCUGCCCGGAAGAAUAAUAAGGCGGUGCAAAAAUCCAAUCCCCCACCACCCCCUCCUCCUCCCCCGCUUAUCACUCCUCCAUUACGAUUACAUACAGGUACGUUCAUGGAGCAUUGGCUUAAAAGUGAAUUAACUAUAGUAGGUGAAACUAUAAGCUUUGAACAUCUAACAAGUCUGCCGAUGUCAUUAUUGGUUGGAGACGAUGAAAAAUAUAAUACUAAAUACUUGGGGGGAUUAAAGAUUGGCAUGAGAUUCAGGAACCCGACUGAUGUUGAACGAUUUAUGGAAUCCUCGGAUGAUUGGAAGUUAUGGAUCAAGUGGAUUGAGAAAGGUGAUAGAGUUGAAAUCAAGAAUGAUCGGAUUGCCUGGGUUAAAAUUGUUGGUCUCCCCCUGCACUUUUGGGACGAAGAAAACUUCAGGGAAAUUAUUUCGAAGCUUGGGGUAUUAUCCAGUUCAAUUGAGAUUAGUAUGAAUACAUCGGAUGUAUCGCAUAUGAAAUUAUGUAUCUUAACGGAGUCAUUAAGUAGAAUCAAUGAAGAAGUUACUGUGGUUGGAGAUAAUCAGGUGUUCAAAGUGGGGAUCUUCGAGGUAGAUGAUGAUUGGAAGCCGUUCUCUAAUUCAAUGAUGGAAUCUGAGGAGGAAGAUGAGGAAGACGGUGUCUCUGAUACUUUAUUCGAUCCGGAUGAUGAGUUGGAGGAUGGAGAGAUUGGACCAGACGCUGAAUUUGUUAUGAGACCUGGUGCAGAAAUCAGAAGAAACCUCCAUGUUGAUGUCUCCGAUGAAACUCCGGCAGGAAGCGCAAUAGUCGCCCCUUCAAAUUCCGCUGGAAUCCAUCCAUCCGAAUUCACCCCAAUUGAAUCUCCUAGGAACUUGGAAGAUAUGAUGGAGGUCAACAAUGUAGAGGACGUAGGUGAAUCUGGGUCCCCACAAGCAUCGUCCAGGUGCAUUCGAGACUUAAUUCCUAAAGGAAUGUUUGGGCCGUUCCCAAACAAUGGACCUGGAGUCAGAACUGAGCCCAGUAACCCGGUGGAUUUAGAAAUGGACCUAAACGGGUCAUUUUUAAAAAGAAGAAAGAUCCGACAAGCUACAAAUAAAACCCACACUAAUACUGACCAGUCAAUUCCUGUGCCUGUACGUCCUUCUCCAAGUCUUCCUGCACAUCUGGAUCUUAACCGAGAUCCAAACGGAUCCCUAAACACCGCUCCGGACCCCCCAUAUGAAAUUGCCCCGACGACAAUACCAAGAAAUUCUAAGAUGGAAAAAACGGCUGAGGUGGGAAGACUUCUUGGAUUUGACAUCAGGGAUGGUUGUGAGAUACUAGCAGAUGUAAUGGGAGAUCUUGGUGAUCAGAUCGGUGCGCAAUGA